AUGAACGCAGCCCGGGCCCUGCUCUCCGCCGUGUUCCUCAUCAGCUUCCUGUGGGAUUUACCCGGUUUCCAGCUGGCUUCCAUCGGCUCCUCCACCAAGGGCCCGAGGAGCCGCCGAGAGGCGAAGGUGGCCAGGUCCCCCAGAGGCAUCCCCGCCCUGGCCAGCCACCAGCCGCGGCUGCCGCAGGAGGCGCAGCCGGGGGGCAAAGCGCAGCAGCGAGCGGAGCCCCACGAGUACAUGCUGUCUCUGUACAGGACCUACUCCAUAGCGGAGAAACUGGGGAUCAAUGCCAGCUUUUUUCAGUCAUCGAAAUCCGCCAAUACUAUCACUAGUUUUGUAGACAGGGGACGAGACGAUCUCUCGCCCGCCCCGCUCUGGAGACAGAAGUAUUUGUUUGAUGUAUCGACUCUCUCAGACAAAGAAGAGCUGGUGGGAGCGGAGCUGCGGCUCUUUCGCAAAGCCCCCGGCCAUCGCCUCUCCCAGCCCUCGCCGGGCCUGUCCUCCAUGCAGCUCUUCCCCUGCCUCUCCCCCCGGCUCCUGGACGCCCGGACUCUGGACCCGCGCGAGGCUCCCCCGGCCGGCUGGGAAGUGUUUGACGUGUGGCAGGGGCUGCAGCAGCAGCAGCCCUGGAAGCAGCUCUGCCUGGAGCUGCGGGCCCCGGGGGGCCGGGGGCAGCAGCCGCUGCCGGACCUCAGGAGCCUGGGCUUCGGCAGGAGAGGCCGGGCGCAGCAGGAGAAGGCCCUGCUGGUGGUGUUCACCAGGUCCCCGCGGAAGAACCUGUUCGCCGAGCUGCGGGAGGAGCGGGGCUCGCCGCGGGAGGAGCGGGGCCCGCUGCAGCGCGUGCCGCAGGAGACCCAGCAGCAGUUCAAGACGCGGCGGAAGAGGCGGACCGCCUUCGCCAACCGCCAUGGCAAGAGGCAUGGCAAGAAGUCCCGGCUCAGGUGCAGCAAAAAGCCCCUGCACGUGAACUUUAAGGAGCUGGGCUGGGACGACUGGAUUAUCGCCCCGCUGGAGUACGAAGCCUACCACUGCGAAGGGGUGUGCGACUUUCCGCUGCGAUCCCACCUGGAGCCCACCAACCACGCCAUCAUCCAGACCCUCAUGAACUCCAUGGACCCCAGCUCCACGCCUCCCAGCUGCUGCGUGCCCACCAAACUGACCCCCAUCAGUAUCCUCUACAUAGAUGCGGGCAACAACGUGGUGUACAAGCAGUACGAAGACAUGGUGGUCGAGUCCUGCGGUUGCAGGUAG